AUGAACAGCGCUGACGCUGCAAGGAACAAAUUCCACAAGAACCUGCACGCCCUUCUGACGACUGUGCCGAAGGCGGAUAAGUUGAUUCGCCUUGGUGACUUCAACGCCCGCGUCGGCACAGACAAUGCUGCCCGGAGAGGAGUGCUGCGUCCCCAUGGUCUCGACGACUCCAAUGACAAUGACCUGCUCCUCCUACGAACCUGCUUUGAACACCGGCUCAUUCUGACCAACACCUUCCGCCUUCCGACGCGAGAGAAGGCCACCUGGAUGCACCCUCGGUCGCAAAAUUGACACCUGCUAAACUAUGUCCUCAUCCGGAGGCGGGACCAGCGGGACGUGCUGGUGACAAAGGUGAUUCCGGGUGUUGACAGGCGGACCGACCAUCGUUUCCUCAUCUCCAAGAUGAGGAUUCGCUUACAGCCUCGCAUAGGACCCCAAGGUAAGCGACCAUCAGGUAAGUUGAAUAUGAUCUUCUUAUGUUUGCUCGCUAACCAUCUCCAUCUCAGCAACGAGCUAGCUCAACGGCUAGCCAAACUUCCAGUCGCCGCCGCCGCCACCGUUGACGCCGACGAGAACGCCUCCAGGGAGAACCAAUGGUGUCAGCUGUGGGACACAGUCCGGUCAACGGCCCUGGCUGUCCUCGGUCGCGCACGUCACCAACAUCAGGACUAG